AUGGAUGUCGUCUUCGAUGGCACCCCAGCUACAACCUGGUCAGAUAUCGCCUUUGAGCAUUGGGAUGGACAAUUCCUCGGCACCAACAAUGAUUCACUCAGCUUCCUCGUCUUGCGCCGAUUCCUGGAGCACCGAGGCUCGGAUGACAUUCUCACAAUUCCGAAGCUGGAACCCGUCGAAGAUGACAUUAACAUGGACGACCUCAAAGCUGCUCCGCUUGAACCAGCCUCCAUCGAAUCCGCCAGCAGCGACCCGAAGCCAAAACGACCACGAGGAAGACCGAGGAAGCACCCCUUAACAGCUGCUGUAGGCGCAAGUAAAGUUACAAAAGGUCGAUCGAAGACUGGUUGCAUUACCUGCCGCAAGCGCAAGAAGAAAUGUGAUGAAGCGAAACCACGAUGCAUGAACUGUGAGAAGAACGCAGUGGUUUGUGAGGGUUACCAUGAAAAACAGAUAUGGAAGAGUGGCAAGGAAAAGGCCGAAGAAGAGCGUUUGCGCCAGAAAACCUUGCCUAUGGUCACCAUGCAGCCCAUUUUCCACGGUGUCGAGACAGCCGAGGACAAGGUCUUUUGGAAACACUACAUCACCCAUUUAAGCAACGUCUUGACGGUCGAAGGCGAGGCCAGGAAUGCUUUCAAAGAUAUCGUUCUUCACCUCGCCAAUCAACACCAAGGACUGAUGCACUCUAUUUUGGCAGUCAGCAGCAAGCAUAUUGACUGGGACACUCCUUAUGGUGCCAAACUCUUGGCAGAUCACCCUCAGUCAAGCCGAGAGGCAUUGCAACAGCGAGCGGACUAUCACCACGAUGAAUCCAUGAAACGACUUUACGAGGAUAUGGGCCGGCCCCUGAACAAGAAUGAUCCCGAGUAUAAGACUAUUCUGUCUGCAAGAUACGGACAGAUGCUCUGUUUGCUCCUCCAGACCAGGGCGGAUGGCAACCCACGAGGUGAACACCGAGUUCACCUUCAGGCUUACCAGACUUUGAUUCAGCAUUCACCCCCCGAGGACCCGACAUUCUGUACUUUCAUUACGGAGUUCUUCCAGUACCACAUCUUUGCCGACGAUCUCUUCUGGCAUCCUGAAAACAUGACAGCGCGGUUAUCGUCCGAAGACUGGGAGCCCGAUUCCCCGAUCCAACCACCUCGUCUUCUAGGCGUUGGCGAUGGUCUCUUCCAAUAUCUUUCUCAGAUUACUACUAUUAGAAACACAAUUCGAGCCAACAUAGCAGCCUCAGUCGACCCUGUGGUAGACUACACCAGCCUAUACCAGGCCGCCGAAAUAGAUGCGGCCAUCCGCGAGUGGACGCCAAACUGGCCAUGGGGUGAUAGCCGUGACCGAGUCGGGCUUCUUUACAAGCAGAUGAUGUGGGUAUAUCUGUUCCGAACGAUUUACCCACCUUCAGUGUCCUCGAUGCGCCGUUCGACAUUUAGCACAUUGCCUAUUUCAACUUCAGCAUCGGCUGCACCCCCACCGCCACCACUGAGACGAGCUUCCAUGAUGGCCACAGUAUCAAGUGGUUCUGGAAACACAGGGGUGUCGGACGCUCAAGUGGCUAGCAGCUGUCCUACCUCACGCAAUCCUUCAAGAACCAGCUCCAUGCAUGAACAUGACUCAUCAUGUCAAGAUAGAGCAUCUUCACCUCCACCGACCCGGAGACCUGCAUACCAUGAUCGCCGCAUUACUCUUGCAGUAGAAGAGUCUCUGUCCAUCUUGGAAUCUUUCAAGCCUUCCGACCCUUCCCAGACUUUGCUUCUGAUACCUUGCCUCGUUAUCGGAACUGCCUGUUUUGACCAGACUCAACAGGAGCGUGUUCGUGCAGCUGUCAGGGCCGUUCGCGGAUAUACGGGUCUCCGUAACUGUGAGCGCGUCAUGGAACUUCUAGAAAAGGUAUGGGCCUUUAUGGAACAAGGUGACUGGGUUUCUGUGUGGGACUGGCAAGGCAUCGCUCGUCGAAUGCGCCUGGAUUUUACCUGUGCGUGA